GGCCUCAUAGCCCGAAAAACUCACAAAAAACUAUGGAUACUGGCCAUGAAAGCCUUUGAUUUCACCUUGUUUGAUACAUUUAUAUAUCAAAGGGAUAUAGAAUAUGGCUAUUUCUAUGGUGUAUCUGAACUCAUUGAACCUUUUGAUAGCAUACUUCCUUCUUUCACCACACAUGGAGAAUUGGAUAUACUGUAAUAUAAUGAGAAAAUUCACUUCCCAAUUUUGAUUAGAGUCAUAAUUGCACCCUCCUUGUAAAAGGUCAAUAUACAGCAAGGGUUUUGUCAUGUUUAUUUCUGCUAGCUGAAAUAUUAAACAGAACUUUCUCAUCUAGUUCCUUUAUUUUAGCGAUUUCUAAUACAGUAUUGAACUAACCACGCUGUUAAAUGACCAAGUAUUUUUUCUUGGUGACAUUUAUUAGUAACAAAUGAUUUAGCUCCAUCCCCUGUAUUUCACUACUGAUGUCAUUUCAGGCACAUUUUAAUUUGUUUUAAAGGUUUUUAAUCCUUACAUUCCGAGUCUGUGAUUCUAAACCCUUUCUGUUCCUGAGGGAUGAGGUUUCUGAAGCAAAUCCUUUUUAACAAGGCAACGAAGAGCAUCACAGCAUCCCUUCCACAAAUGGGGUUGUUCUUUCUUAUCUUAAGUCUGUUAUGUGCAGAUGAGAUAUAAGUUAUUAUCAUUGAAAUGUCACUUGCAAAGUACGCAAUGGUUACAAUUUGCUUGAUGUGCCAUUUCAGGGAUGAUAAUGCAAACUGAAGCCCUUAGUAACUUCUGAACUGUAGUUAUGCCUCUCUAUUUUCCAAUCUGUGCAGACAGGCGUGACUUCCAGAGGUAUACAGCACCUUCCAGUGAGGUUUUAAACAGUUUUAUUUUGAACACCAAGGAAAGUCUUCAAAGAUUGCAGUCCUCCUUGGAUAAAUUUGCAGACACCAUGAAAUUAGUUCUGGAUGCCUUGGAAAACCUUCCAAAGACAAUGCAAGAAACUUCUCAGUCUCAUUAUGGAUUGAUACUGAAAGCUUUAAAAGAGAAAAAUGAAAUGGAGCAGACAUUACUGGGAAUGGAGAAAAGGCUUCAGGAUAAAGACACUGAAAUCUCUGAUCUGAAAGCCAACCUGCAAUUAUUAAAAGAGACUCUGGAGCAAUUAACAACUCAGCAGAAGGAGCAGCACCUGAGCCUCUGUGAGCAGUUAGGCCUCAUGCAGCUCCCCAGUCUUGUUGGUGAGCUGAAGACAUUCAUGUCUGUACCCAGAGCGCCCAGUCAUAUAAAGGACAACGUCUCCCAAACAUCUCCAGAUUUGCUAUCAACACAACAAUCUCAUGAUUCCCACUGGAGUACUUUAAAUGUACCUCCUGGAAACAAGGUUAUUACUGUGGUUGCUUCUUCACAAAGCAAAGAAUAUGUUGACAUGCAGCAGCAGAGUAGACAUAUUGCAGCCAGAGGCCACGAUGCUAACAAUGUUCUUUGCGUAUGCUGCCCCAGUGCAGCUUUUCCUACAGGAAGCUCUGAGGGAUGUUGGCUACUUACUCAAGACCUCAGUCAAGCCACACCCAUCAGGAAAGUAGUUAAGAGAGACAAUCGGGCAAAUACUAGGAGGUCUUUACAAGGCAAUGCGUUCCUGCAAAACCAUGCAGAUGAUCACAAAAAUGAAGCACUACCCACAGACAGAAAGAUGGAAAGUAAAGGUAGAGGUAAGAAAAAAAGAAAGGGAAAGCCAAAAAUAUGGACCCGCAGGAAAAGAUUUCAUUCUUCUAGGAAAGAAAUAAAUUGUUUGAAGUUCAUCAAUCCCAAUAUGAAGCAAGAAAUAAAUGAAAGAGAGUAUUCUAAGUCAGAGAAGUCGCAGUGGUCUUAUAGGAAUCCUAGGAGCCCAGAUGAUUCUAACUUGGGACCUUGCACAGUUGUGCUCCAGUCCCAUGAAAACACACAGUAUGUUGCCAAUGUGCAAGGGACGUCUGGACUUAAAAACAGAGUGGAUCUUUCCAGUGCAAAAAAUAAUUGUUUCUGGCUAAACUCCUCUCCAGAAGGUUGUUUAUCCCCAAACCAGGAAAACUGGUUCAGUCUUUUUGAUAGUAAACCCUAUGGUACUUCAUGCCAGGAGGGAACCAAAAGAUAUUGCCCAUUAUUUUUUGAUAGUGAAUAUUCUGACUAAAGGUGUUCUGUAUAUGGCAGAUCUCUGUCAACAUAAGAUCUUUAUUGUACAUGUUUUUAUAAAAUAGUGUAAAAAAUAGUUGUACAUCACAAACAAUAGUAUCCUCCUGUACUUGGAAGUAUUAGAGUACCUCUGACCUUGAGCAAAAUUAAGUAUUUCUGGUUCCUUUAAAAAGAUUGGACAUGUUCUGAUAUUGCUUACCUAGGAGCAUUCUCAGUCUGAGAAGACUCUCAGCCAUAUUUCCUGUCUUUUCAUCACCACUAAAAGAAAAGUAUAUUAUAUUAUAAAUGAUACCUUGUUUAUUUUGACAUCAUAUCUCAUUGAACCUGCCCUCCUCCUGAAUCCAUCUUCAGAAAGAAUGGUUGUUUUCCAAUACAGAACCUGAGACAUACUAUAUGCAAACAGAUUUGCACAUUUUACAAAUUUAACAAAAUGCAGCCCAGGAAAUUCAGUUUCUCCCCAUGCCAAGAGUCUUGAGGGAGAAUUAUAUGUGUGCCCAGACUCUUACAGGGUUGUGGUUUUUUUCCUUUAUUAAGCUAUGUCUCACUUUUCCUUUUCCAAAGGAAUGCUAUUUUCUCCAGCGUCUUUUUAAUAUUUGUUAAAUCGAAAGAGGCAGCCAUUGUUUACUUCAUUCUGUGAGGAGGACUGGUUGUGUGGGUUUGAGCACAGGAACAAAGUCAAAAGAUUCAGUUGCUUUAUUUAGGGUUUGUCUGUUUGAAAUGUGUUGAUUUAGCAUGCAUAAUAAAAGUUGCAAAAAUA